UUGACUGGCGGUUAGCCGUACGUGUCCCAUCGGCAACAGACGCGUCAACCUCCAUUGUGAUGGAUUCUCUACUCUUCUUCAAUCCCUAACGAAGUUACAAAACUGUUCCCUUACUUGAGCUUCUAUCUCGUUCUACUAACUAUAUACCAGUAUAUUCGCACCCAAACAUGAAUAUUCCUUCGUACGUGUCCCAUCGGCAACAGGCGCGUCAACCUCCAUUGUGAUGGAUUCUCUACUCUUCUUCAAUCCCUAACGAAGUUACAAAACUGUUACCUUACUUGAGCUUCUAUCUCGUUCUACUAACUAUAUACCAGUAUAUUCGCACCCAAACAUGAAUAUUCCUUACCGCCCAGACUUGUAUGUAUUUGGGGGAAUUGGUUUGCUACUUGAUACUUUCUGAUUCUCUUUUUCUUUUUGGCGGCUGAUUGGAUAUCCGAUUGGAAGACAGAGGUGCGAAUGGUGAGGUGGGACUGUGGUGGUGGUGUUCUUCUUGUUGGGUGUUUGAUUUUGAGUGUUUUAGAGCUUUGCAGUUGCGGAAUAACCAGUGCUUAUGUGAGGAACGCUGACUUAUCUCUGGAUAUGCCAAUAGACAGUGACGUCUUCAGAGUGCCUCCUGGUUACAAUGCACCCCAACAGGUGCAUAUAACUCAAGGAGAUCAUGAGGGAAAGGGUGUGAUUGUCUCUUGGGUUACUCCAGAUGAACCCGGUUCAAGUACAGUGCUUUACUGGGCUGAAAAUAGCCAGCGAAAAAGCCGGGCUGAUGGUUUUAUUCGUACCUACAAGUAUGUCAAUUACACCUCUGGUUAUAUUCAUCACUGCACCAUUAACAAUUUGGAGUUUGACACCAAAUACUACUAUGAGGUAGGGAUUGGGAAUACCACACGACAGUUCUGGUUUAGAACUCCUCCAAGUGUCGGCCCUGAUGUUCCAUAUACAUUUGGCCUAAUAGGUGAUCUUGGUCAAACUCAUGAUUCAAAUAGGACACUCACACAUUAUGAAUUAAACCCAACAAAAGGCCAGAUGGUAUUGUUCGUUGGAGACCUCUCUUAUGCAGAUGACUAUCCAUUGCAUGACAACAACAGGUGGGAUACAUGGGGAAGGUUCAUAGAGAGAAAUGCUGCUUAUCAACCUUGGGUAUGGACUGCAGGCAAUCAUGAGAUUGAUUACGCUCCAGAACUUGGUGAAACUACACCCUUUAAGCCUUAUACAAAUCGUUAUCAUGUACCAUAUGAAGCAUCAGAUAGUACAUCCCCCUUUUGGUACUCCAUCAAGAGAGCUUCAGCCUAUAUCAUUGUCAUGUCGUCCUACACAGCUUUUGGGAAAUACACUCCACAAUACAAAUGGCUUGUAAAGGAACUGCCCAGAGUAAACAGGACUGAGACACCGUGGCUUAUCAUUUUUAUGCAUUGCCCACUAUAUAGUAGCUAUGUACAUCAUUAUAUGGAAGGGGAAGCCAUGAGAGUGAUUUAUGAGCAAUGGUUUGUGGAGUAUAAAGUUGAUGUUGUCUUUGCUGGUCAUGUUCAUGCAUAUGAACGAUCUGAACGUUUUUCAAAUAUCGCAUACAAUAUUGUAAAUGGGUUGUGCACUCCCAUUAGUGACCAAUCUGCUCCUGUUUACAUAACCAUUGGAGAUGGAGGAAAUCUUGAAGGACUGGUGACCAACAUGACAGAGCCCCAGCCAAGCUACUCGGCUUACCGUGAAGCCAGCUUUGGUCAUGGGAUUUUAGACAUAAAGAACAGGACUCAUGCCUAUUUUGGUUGGCAUCGCAAUCAAGAUGGCUAUGCUGUAGAAGCUGAUUCUGUAUGGUUGACAAACAGAUAUUGGUAUCCCUCAGAAACAUCAUCUGUGGCUGCAAUAUGAUAAGAGUCAUUCUCUAGUCUGUAACAAGUUACUCGAAACAUGUAGAAUGCACAGUUCCCCUCUUCGUGGUCAGGCCUUCCUUUUGCUUUGAUAUCUAGGUUCAACUGAGGAGUGGGGUAGAAGUAUUUAUGGCAGAUUUCAAAAUUUGCAGAUAAGUUAAGAGUGUAUUGCAAAUAAACUUCGCUGUACGAAAUAUUUGUCAAAUAUUGUAAAACACAAUUUGAUUUUAUAUGAAUCUAAAUAAAACUCAUUCAGUUUGUACAA